GCGGCCGUGCUCCCAACUAACCUCCUAUCCCUGCAGAACCUCCUCAAACGAGACCCGCCAUCAUACAAGGAAGAGUUUCUGCAGCAACUCAACCACUAUACAACGACACUGGAGAUCUUCAAGCAGAGUCCCGCGCAGCCCAAUCACAAGUUUGGCGAGCUCAUCACGUUCAUUGCGCAGGUGAGUAUUUGUUUUCCUGCAGAGACGGCUGUGUUUCCGGAUGACUUGGCGUACCUCCUCACAAAGCACCAUGCCGUCCUCGACCCAGACUUGCGGGAAAAGAUUGUACAAAAUCUAGUUCUGUUGCGCAACAAGGGUGUCAUCUCCUCCAUCAGUCUCAUCAAGACCUUCAUUCCGAUUCUAUCCGCAUCCAAUAGCAAAGCACUCCGCGCGCAAAUUUAUGAAGCCAUUCUAUCCGCCAUCAAAACAGAGAAUGCAAAAGCCAAGAAUGCCUCCCUCAACAAGACGGUGCAGUCCAUUCUCUUCGAUAUGGUCAAUCACGAGAGUAGUGGCGUAUGGGCCAUUCGUCUGACAAAAGAGCUCUGGGCGAAGAAUAUCUGGAGUGGUGAUGCACGCGUUGCAGAGAUUUGCAAGAUUGCAGCAUUGAGUUUGCAUACAAAAGUCAUGCUCGGUGGCCUUUACUUCUUUAUGGGCGUUGAGCAAGAAGAGGAAGACAGCGAUGAGGAAGGUCCUGAUUUGCGACAAAUGCAGCAUGCAGCCGGUGUAAACAAAACGUCCAAAGCACGCGCGCAAAAGGUACGCAAAGCCAUCGUUGCGGAAAAUAAGCGCAAGAAGCAGCCUAAGCAAGGAUCGGUCAACUUUUCAGCAUUGCAGAUAUUGCAUGACCCACAAUCAUUUGCAGAGAAGCUCUACUCUGUUCAUCUCGCAUCGAAGCGGCCGCUUUCCUUUGAUCACAAGAUGCUCGUCAUGGCAUUACUGUCAAGACUGCUUGGCUACCACAAGCUGACUGUCUUGCCAUUCUACUCUUUUCUCUCCAAAUGGAUCAGUCCGCAUCAACGCGACGUCACCAAGAUCCUCGCAUCGCUGGCCGGUGCCGUGCAUGAAUUUGUUCCACCAGAAAUCAUCUCACCGAGCAUCAAAAAGAUUGCCAAUGAGUUUGUCACGACGGGUGUGUCGCCUGAAGUUGUCUGUGCAGGAUUGAAUUCCAUUCGAGAGAUUUGUUCGAGAAAUCCACUUGCUAUGGAUGAGACGUUGUUGCAGGAUUUGACAGAGUAUAAAGGUUCGAAGGAUAAAGGUGUCAUGAUGGCUUCCCGAUCGCUCAUCACGCUCUAUCGUGAUGUGGCGCCUGAGAUGCUUGCAAAGAAGGAUCGUGGGAAGAGUGCAUCGAUUGGUUUGGCGGCUGGUACGAGUGAAGGGACGCAAUUCGGCGUUGAGCGAAACGUCACGCGUGGUAUUGAUGGACUUGAAUUGCUGGAAGAACACUAUGCGCAUGAAGAACCAGAAGAUGCGUGGGAUGACUUUGAAGUUGAAUCAGAGGAAGAUGAGGCAGAUGGCGGUUGGAUCAAUGUUGAGUCGGACGGCGAGAUUGAUUUCUCCUCAGAUGACGACGAGGAGAAGGAGAAGCCCGUGCCAGUGCCAAAGCCAGUUGGUGAGAGUAUUGCGAGUCAACGCAUCUUGACACCAGCCGAUUUUAAGAAACUCGCUGAAUUACGAGCGGCAGCACCUGGCAAGCAAACCCAUCAUUCACUCAGCGUCAAGCGGAAAGAAGAUGAAGACGACUUUAUCGAUGCUGCACAAAUUGAAGGUCCACGGAAACGCAUCAAGGCUGAUCGCGAGGGUCGUAUGGCAACUGUGCUCGAAGGUCGUGAGGGUCGUGAAAAGUUUGGCUCCAGGAAGGGUGGUCGUACAGAGGAAGGCCGGUCGACCACCAAUAAGGAGAAGGCGCGCAAGAAGAAUUUCCUCAUGGUCAAGCAUCGCAAGGAUAUCCAGGGCAAGAGUAUGAAGAAGUUGACCAUCAAGCGAAAGGAGCUCAAGGCGCAUAUCGAGCGUGGCAAACGU